AUGUCAUCACAAUACUUGGAUAUCAUUCUAAGAAACGGCUCAACCAUCAAGACAGAGACUGGGGAGACUCUGUUUGGAAGUCCCGACGGCUCACCCACAUCCAUCCCAGUCACAUGGACGAUUAACUCAACGGCAACAGGUGAAAGUCCAACCAUCGCAGAAGUGAGUGGUCAAGCAACGAGAAUCGGAUCGAUGGUCUACUGGGACUUUGAUAUAUUUGACAUUCCUCCUGUCAAAGUGUGCGAAGAGUGCUUCCCCAAGGCACUGAUUGGCGGCGCCAAGUUUGAGUCGGCCAAGCAAUUCGAACAAUCCUACCAAGAGGCAUUGGCACAGUACAACGCAAAGUAUCCAUGGCUAGAGCAGCAACACAAAGGAGGUCAACUGAGUACCAAAGACACACCCUCUACGAUCCCACCAAAGUUCCUUCCAAAGCCUUCCAAUCCAAGAUGGUUCUUCAGAAACUACUUUGUGCCAGUGGCACCAACUGAUACUACAGAGGGACAGAUGCUCAGAGUUACACUCUCUGGAUUCCGCAUGUUCAGUAUUGAUAACUUUGCUAGUCAUGGAACCAAACCAUUUGGAAGUAUUGCCAUACCAUGUGUAACAUUCAUCACACGCUGA